UAUUCAGAAUUUGGUAAAGCAUGAGAUAAGUUUGUGUUUACAAUGUUGGCAACGUGUUGACGUGGAAGAAAUUUGUCAAUGGUAUCAUGAAAACAUGACACCAAUGGGCGUAACAUAACCUGUAAAUUGUAUGCAAAUAAUGAAGAGUUGUGAGUGGUUUGAAAUGUCAUUGUGACGAGAAAAUGUAAGCAAUCGAAUUAGCUGUGUUAGUAACGUUAUGAGAUGUAUAACUAAUCGCUUGAUAGAAAUCCAUCUUUGCGUAUUAAAAGCGUAUACGCAAUGGCAUGUUUUCUUGUCAAUGGUCACACAACAGUGGUUUCUAUUCCGGAAUUCGAGCACACCGAAAAUUAUACUCUCUACCACAUUCAUAUUAGUGUGGGAUCAGUGUCGUGGAAAGUACAACAUAGAUACAACGACUUCGCUGAACUCCAUGAUAAACUAAUUGUAGAUCAUGGGGUCAACAAAGAUUUACUUCCACCCAAAAAGGUGAUAGGGAAUAGAGAUCCAGCAUUUAUAGAAAAAAGAAGAACAGCUUUAGAAGCGUAUCUGAUAAAUUUGGUGAGCUUCUUGCAGAAAGCUAUGCCUAGAGAGCUUGCUUUGUUUUUGGACUUCCACUAUUAUGAUAUUACAUUUCUACUUCAAAAUCUGGCUCUUCAAUUGUUCACCGAAGGCGAUUAUUUAUUGCAAAAUUCAAAACAUCAUUAUUUUACUCCCUUGCAAUUGCAUGCAAUUAGUGAGCGAUUGAAGCAGCCAUGUCCAUCACUUGAAAUGUUAGAUAGAAAACUCGACUUUAGCCAUGUUUUGGACUUCUGUAGUCAGUUGCGGGGGAUUACAAUAAAAGGAAGCAAAGCACCUAUUGGAACAAGCAAUAUUGUUCCAAACUGUCUGCAAUUUGAGUUAUCUGCUUUCAAAUUUGUUGAGAAAUUAACUCUAGUUGGUGUAGAGUUGGCUAAUAUAUAUGGUACUGGUAAUCUCCGUGAAACAUUAAUUUCCAUAAGUGUACAUUACUCAAACAUUGGUAAAAUUGCAAAUGUUCUCCUCUGUGACUACUUGCAUAAAAGUGUCAUUUACACUGAGGAUACUCAUGUAUGGAAGAAACUCACAGAAGCUGACUUCAGUCACAAUGGCCUUAGGAACAUUGAUGAAUCUGUGAAACUAAUGCCCAAAUUAGAACAUCUCAAUUUAAGUAACAAUAAAAUAAGUGCCUUGGAUAAUCUUACAUCAUUACCCCAUCUUUCCCAUAUUUAUUUAUGUGCGAAUCACUUCUGUCAAAUUGAGAAUCUACAUACAAAAUUAGGAAACAUAGUUCACAUUGAUCUGUCUCAGAAUAACAUCAUGUCUUUACAAGGCUUUUCAAAGCUAUACUCGCUUGAAAGCCUGAAUUUACAGAGUAAUAAGGUUUCUGAUAUAACAGAGAUCAAAUACAUCUGUGGUUUGCCAUGUCUCGAAAAUCUUGUUCUUACAGCUAAUCCAGUUGCAAUUGUUGUGGACUAUAGAGUCAAAACAUUAGAGCAAUUUGGCAAUAGGGCAUCUGAGAUUUGCUUGGAUAAUGAGAAGCCAACCCAAAAGGAAUUGGAUACUGUUGCUGUUUUGCAGGCAAUAAGAAUUGUAAAGGAAGGCCGAACACCAACAUUUGAGACUAAAAUACAGAGCUUUGCUCAAACACCAUGAAUGAUGGUCAAGAAAUUAAAUUUGUAGUGCUUGAAAAGUUAUUAACAAUUGUUUAUGGCUUUUCAAACACUGGUAUUAUGUAAUUAACAAGUAAACUUGAAAUGUUUCUGUAUUUAUAUAAAUAUUAUAUAUAUAUUGAUAUCUGUAUAUAUGUUGUAUUUUAUUCUAUGUAAAAUGUGUACAUAUGCAAAUAUAAUAUCAUUUAUUUAAGAUAGGUGUUGUCUGUGUUUGCAUUUAUUUAAGUAAUAAUGCAGCAGGGGUACAUAACAUUUAUUGUUUAUGGCUUAAAAAUCUCUAAACAAUAAAUUGCUUAGUCAGCAGAAGUCUUUCGUAAAGAGAAACCUUAAACUGCUAAAUAGUAAAUCCUAGACCUUAUUUUCUGUUGUAAUAUUUUCUGUAAUACUUAAUGUUUCGUGGUUAAAAAUAUCAUUUACACAAUGUACACAAAGGGUUUAAAUUACUUUCCACACAACAGCAGGUGAUGGAAAUACAAGGAAUAGAAAACAUAUUUUUAAAGUUAUUAUUUAUCCUGAAUUCCUUUUUUGUUAUGAAUGUCUUAAAAACCCAAUAAAUCUUUCUUUUUGGAUUAUUAUUUACAUAGUUUUUACACCUUUGUGUACAUAGCAUCCUACAUUUUCAGAACAUUACUGAUUUUUUUCCUGAAGAACUUUAAAAUUUGGUCACAUUCAGUUAGUUAUAGCACAUAUUACCUACUUCAGUAAUAUUUGUUUCUUUUCUUUAAGGUUUUGGGAAAGCAUGUUCAUUUUUAGAAAAUACUCAUGGAUUGUAAACACACACACACUCCUGGUUUCAGUGUUGUUGGAUUUUCCAAUGGAUGAACUGCCAGAACUAGGGUGAAUAGACCUUAGUUUUGCUUGAAAUAAGUGAGCAAAUAUUAUGAUUAAUAAGAUUAGUACUGUAAAACUUAUGUAACAAAACUUGGAUUUAUUUGUGAAAUUCAGCUCUAGUUUGAUGCUUAACUGACAAAUGUUAAUCACAAGCUUUUGUUGUGACUGUUUUAUUGUAUUUGAAAAGAAAAAUUUCAUGAAAAUUAUUAAUUGAUCCUAUUAAAAGAGACCAGACAUUUUUUCGCAAGAUAACAUAGGUGAAUUAGUCUAUAAAAGUUCAGCAAUUUUUUGGAUUGUUGAAUGAAAUCAUAUUUUGCUCCAAACAUUAAUUUACAGUUACUUCUACAGUGUUUCACUUGAUUAUCUGAGUAUUAAUAUAGUAUUUGUCUAUGUGUGUGUGUAUAUAUAUCUAUAUAUAUUUGUCUGGUAUAAAGAGAGAUUGUCAAGAUAAAAAUAAGAGCUUCUUUUCAAUAACAGUCAAUUGCAUUAUUUUCAGUUUUUGAGAGAUAGUGUAUUUCAAUGGUAAGGGUGGGGUAUUUCAAUGAAAAGAUGGCAAAAUAAUAAAGAAAAGAAAAAAUAUUUAUUGUAGGAAUGAAAACAAUACACCAUCCUGCCAAUAAUAAUCCCCUGCAGAUUGAAAAUUAUGAAACAAAAAUGGGUUGUGUCCAUAAGAUUUGAGUUCUGCUGAUUAUGCAUCAAUAAAAAUCUUGUUUGAGAAAAUUUAACUGCUGGCAGUUUACUGAAGCAUCAAAGGAGGAUGGCUUAUACAUUCAUGUGCCAAUGAGAUUAUUUUCCAAGUAAAUUCCUACAAUAAAUAUGAUGAAGGGGACAAACUCUUUUUGUGACCAAUAUACUUGUUCCUAAAAUUUUUAAAUGCCAUAAGAAAAAAUGUGUAAUCGUAUGAUUAUGUGCUCCUGCUUUCCACAUAUUACCUAGUAGUGUUUUUGUGUAGUAUGCCAUAAAAUGUUAAAAGGUAAUUAUUUCUAAUAUCAAAGCUAUUGAGAUUACUACUUUGUUUGCUGUUCAAGAGUAUUAAAUUAUGAACUACGAAAAAUACAAAUGAAUAAGUAUAAAAUAAAGUAUUAAUUAAAUUUGGGAAAUUUUCAUCAUGUUACAUUAAAGUUGUCAUAAUAAUUUUCACCUAUGUUUUGUGUAAUUGUUUUAUUAUUAUGGGCACACUUCAUGAUUUAUCAAUUCUUUGUUUUCCAUUUCUUCAGCUGUAUAUUAGCAAAUCUUUAUGAGUAAAAAACCAUUAAGUAAUUAUGACUGUCUUGCAGAUUAACAUUUUUAUUCACAGUACUAAUGAUUUAUUUCUUGUGUGAAAUAGUUAUUCUCACUUGAUUUCAUUUUGUCUCGAUGAAAUUACUUAAUUGUACUUUAUCUCUCCUCUUCAUUUGUAUUUCUCUUAUUUUGUAAUUUAAUAUUUUAAAUUGUAUUGAGUGACAAUGAAGCCAGUCAGUAUUUUUAUAAUUACUCUUUGUUGUUACCUCUGUAAUAACAAUGAUUUAGAGUGGUGUUAAUUAAUUAGUAUUCUUUCAAAAAAUCCAUUUAGCAGUGGAUUUUACUGGUAUUAAAAUGACAAUAAACAUACCACUUUUAAUUGCACAAUUAAUAUUCUUAUACAUUUGUUGAGAUUUAUUCCAUUGUUAUUUUAAAGACCUCAAAUAAAUAUUGAUAAAGUAAUGUUUAUAAGUGGUUUGAUUGCUUAAUUCCUUUGAUUGUAGGAUAUAAGUAUUUCUAAGGAGUAAUGAUAUUUUUUAAACAUUUGAGCCCAUUCUGAGUUCAGUAAAGAUAAAAUGGAUCUGGAAGAAAUGUGUUAGAAAAUACUUUGUAUAUGUGGUCGACCUCUAUUAACAUUUCACUUUUUGUAAAUUGUUAUUUUAAAAGAAGUAUUAGCUUCACACUGGAUCCUAACAUAGAAUAACAAGUGUCUGAACUGUGCUUAACUGCAUUGUACAUUUGUUUUUGUGUACGAGUAAAUAUUCCAAUAUUGUUAAGUGGUGAUAUUAAAUUUGACAGGAAAUCAAGUAAUCACUUGAAUUGCAUCAAAUUCACAUUAUAACUCUCUAUUCUUUGAAUUUUGUUUUACAUAGAUUUUGAAACACUUUUAGUAUCUAUAUCUAUGCCAUCGAGUAGGGGUUCCCCAGAUCAAAAUGUCCAAAUGUAAUUGGAAGUUCAAGAAGAUAUCAUUUUGUAUCACAAUGCUAAAACAUUACUUGGGCUCCAGCUGUUCCUAGUCUGCCCUCACCUGUCUACUGAUGUCUAAACUUCACCUGGCCAUGCAAAUUUUAGGUUCCUGACCUGAAAUCUUGGUCUAUUGGGUCUAGAACAUCAUUUCUGUGUUAGGCAUGAUUUAAUGUGUUUUACGAGUGUAAAACA